CUUUCUUCAAGAAAGUACCGAAAGUAUAGUACUUCGAGUUGUUGAUUUUUCCACUGACGUAACAACUGGUACCGGCGCCGAAUGACGUCACAACGCGGGUAUUUUGGAUAUUUCAAACAGGGCUGUAGCAGACGUUCCUCCUCUCCAGGAAGUUUCGUAGUCUCCUGCGUGUUGAUAGCGGUCCCCUGUCUCCCGCAAAUUAUAUACUUGGAUAUUUGUGUUUUUUAAUGCGACAGCUCGCGCCCGCGAGAGCAAGGACCCUCGAGCUUAUGUAGAAUCUUUGGAGAAAAAGAGUGGGCGUUAGGGAGUUCCCCCGGGCGUUCCCGCGGGGGACUCCGGAAAAUUCCGGAGAGGUACGGGGGAUGUCUGCUCUAGAUACCAUACGGCUGGAUGUGCGAUGUUAGUACUAACAUCGCAUGUUAUGAACUAGUUCGCUACAUUAGAAAAUGAAAUGGAAAAAGGAAAGUACCAAAAGUACGGUACCUGGUGCGGUGGAAGACGCCCCUUCUUCCCAUUUUGCUUAUAUUCGGUUCUUGGAUAGGAUUUCACACACCAGGCUGCGUAAAAUAUUUCCUGAAGUUCCCAGUUAUGGAUAGUGAGGUGUCGAACUUCGACCAGGGGCUGGGGGCGGAGAGCGGCAUGGAUGGAGAGAAUGGUGAGAACAGCGAGAUUGCCCCUGUCUACUGUAUCUGCCGAAAGCCAGACAUCAACUGCUUCAUGCUUGAAUGUGGCAGCUGUAAUGAGUGGUUUCAUGGUGACUGCAUUAAUGUCACGGAGAAGAUGGGGGAGGUCAUCCAGGAGUGGUUCUGUGAGAAGUGUCAGAGCAAAGAUGGCUCUUUGGAGAUCAAGUACCAUCCCAAGGAGAAUCAUAAGAAGGAGACCAAACAAGUGAGGAUGGAGAAGCAACAUGGUGCACCAAAUUUUAAGAUCAGCCGGCGGAUUAAGCGUCAUAUGUGUGGUAAGUGUGAACCCUGCCGGCGCACAGAGGACUGCAUGCAGUGCGAUUUCUGCAAGGACAUGACUAGGUUUGGGGGCCCCAACAAGAUCCGACAGAAGUGCCGUCUGAGGCAGUGUGAGGUCCGGGCCAGGAAAAAUCUGCUGAUUCGAGCAGUGGACAGGUUCGCUACUGGUAACGCAUCUGAUGCCAUGGACCAGGAAAAAAUGCCACCCAGUUCAACACUUUCCACAUGUGCCGAAUCUAGGGCAAGUGCAGCUGAGUGGCAUCAUGGUACUCUGAAUGGUACUGUCCAGGAUCAAGGGUCUGAGGAUGUCAUCUGCUCUCCGGAUGAUCCUGAAACAGGGGUUGGAUGCCAGACUGAUCUGACUCUGUUUGAUUUGGUAGUCAUGGAAACAUAUUUCAGCAUUAUGACGUGUGAGCUAAACAGUGUCGAGGAUACCAGUCAAAGAUAUGGAGGAAACCAGAAACCUUGUAAAUCUCCAUAUCCACAGAGAGAGAGUGUUCUGGCUUGUCUGGAGGACCUAUUCAAUAUUGCCUGUUAGUUCACCUUUGGAAAUGUUAAAAAAGGGGGAGACAAAGUGGUUCAAGUAGACAAGGCAAGAAUAUGCCUUUGCUUUAAAUCUGUUAGUCUGUCAUUCCAUUUGAGUGAGAAUUUUCUGGAAGUUAAAAAAUAAAGCAGCUAGUACUGGCAAACCAAA